AAGCCCCGAAGUAAACUUAUUAAACGUCGUUACGUAGUACCUGGUAGUACGUAGUGCACAUUCAUUUUACACAUAUGUGUACAUAUUUCUCUUUCUACCUUUCUUCCCAUGUCUUAACUGAUCGAUCUAUCGAAUGAUGAACAUCUAUCGAUACAACUUUCUCGCUACACAUGCCUUCUGAAUGUUAAUAAAAUGGAAAAUAUCAAAGGAGUUUGAGCUCGGAGUUUAAAUAAAUAUUCGUUCAUGAUAAAUACGCCCGGUAAUUAAAUGUGCCCUGAAACUAAUGUGAUGUCGACUGUGUGUGAUGGCGGGUAAAGAAUUAGUAAGCCAUCAGCAGCAGUUUGUAGAAGAAAUUAACUACGAUGAAAUUGAAACAGAGCAGGUAGUCGGAAAAGGUUCUUUCGGAGUAGUAUGGAAAGGAAAAUGGAGGGGACAAUAUGUUGCUAUAAAGUAUAUAAACUCAGAAGGUGAAAAAAAGGCCUUUACUGUAGAAGUUAGGCAAUUAUCUAGAGUUGUGCAUCCCAAUAUUGUAAAACUUUAUGGUGCCUGUACUAAAAAUCCGGUUUGCCUGGUUAUGGAAUAUGCAGAAGGUGGCUCCUUAUAUAAUGUUUUGCAUUGCAAUCCUCAGCCACAAUAUACUGCAGGACAUGCAAUGAGUUGGGCUUUGCAAUGUGCACGUGGUGUCGCAUAUCUUCACAAUAUGAAACCAAAACCUUUAAUUCACAGAGACUUAAAACCACCAAAUUUGUUGUUAGUUAUGGGUGGACAAACUCUUAAAAUUUGUGAUUUUGGUACAGCUUGUGAUCUAAAUACAUAUAUGACUAAUAACAAAGGUUCUGCUGCUUGGAUGGCUCCAGAAGUAUUUGAGGGUUCUAGAUAUACCGAAAAGUGUGAUGUGUUUAGUUGGGGUGUUAUUUUGUGGGAGAUAUUGUCAAGGAAGAAACCAUUUGAUGAAAUUGGUGGUUCAGCUUACAGAAUAAUGUGGGCGGUACAUGUAGGACAAAGACCUCCUUUAAUUGAAGGUUGCCCUAAACCAAUUGAAGAUCUCAUGACCAGAUGUUGGCACAAAUCUCCCGAAGAAAGACCAUCAAUGGAUGCUGUUGUAGAAAUAAUGACAACCUUAUCACAAUUCUUUAAUGGACAUCUAGAACCAGUAGAAUAUUCCCAAAAAGAUGUUGAUUCAGAGGAAGUUAUUGACAACCAGGUUUCUAAAGAUGAUACUUUGGACGUGACUGAUACUAUGGAUUCUGAAAUAAAUGGAUAUGCUGCCAACGGUACUAUUAAAGCUAAUGCACCCGUUUCCAAAGAAAAAUCGGAAAUUUUUAAUGAAAAAAACAGUUCAUCGAAUCCCUUCUACGAUUUCAGGGAUCCACCUCCUAAAAAUAAUAUUUCAGCAAACAAUCCAUCCAAUAAAGAAUUCCAGAUUAAAGAUUUUCCUCAACUUUACGUUGAGUGUGAUCCGAAUGCUUGGGGAUUACCGAGUUCCGAUUCACCAUUGGAAUCUCCUAUUCUAAAGAUAAAGAAUACCGCACAAAGUAAUAGCACGACUGACAAAGAUUUAGACAACGUUUAUCGCCUUUUGGACGCGGAUCUGAGGCCAUUGACGCCUGAUCAGACUUGCGAAAGAUCGAAAGAAAUUUUCGAAGAGCACAAACAGCUGGCGCAAGAAUAUUUAAAGGUGCAAACGGAGAUAGCGCUUUUGGGGCAGCACAAAAAUGAAAUGCUAAAAAAUUUGACCAUAGACAGUUUAAGGCAGCAAGAGGAACUCAGGAAACUGGAGGAUGAAAAAGAGUCUCUCAUAAAGCUGUAUCGAAAUUUAAAACGUCAGUUGGAAAUCAUGAAGAAUCAGAGGACGAACAAUGCUCUUUUGAGCAACGCUCAAGUCGGUCCGACAGUUUCCGGAAACAACGGGUGGUUCGUGGUACCUUGUCAAAAUCCUUCGAGACAUUCUUGAAUACCAAGAUUAGACAAGUACAAGCGUUAGACGAGAUUCUUUUUUACAUUAUGUCUUGCGAAUUUCCCCUGUGCUUCCUUCCUGUAGCGAACACGGGCAACAAUAUCGAUUUUCUCAAUAGAUUUUUCAACGUUAGAUUUUAUUCUAUAGUAUACAAAAUUAAAAGAGAGAGAAGUUGGCAAUGCAAUCUCUUAAACAUAACUAUAUAUAUAAAAGCACUGUUUUCUAUUUGCAUUUGAUUUCAAGAACGUUUAUCGAGACUUCUCCGUUUUAAUGAACAAAAUUAUGUAAAAAUUUGAUCAAUAAUAUGCAUAUAUAUUUAGGUAUCUAUAUCUUUCAAAUAAGCAUUACGGGGAAUCUACCGAAGUAGCUUUAAAUGUUGCUAUAAUGCUUUUAUCGUGUUUUAAAUAUAAAAAUACAGGUUUGAAAAAAUACUGCUAUGAGAAAGUUAACGUAAUUGGUGGUUAUCAAUCAGGAAUCGAUGAUUAGUCAACUGCCUGUGUAAUUUGUUAUUACUACAUUUAUUUAUGUAAGAAUUACCAUUAAUAAGUAAUAAUUAAGGAGGUAUUGUAUUAUUAUUUAUCUAAUUUAUCUAAUUUGUCCUUACGUAUAAUUAUUUUUCGUUACAAACUAAUUUGUACAGUCAGUAAAAUAUUCGAUAAAUGGUGUCCUCCUUAUAAAAUAUUAAGUAUUGUAUUUAAUCGGAUACCGAUAAUUGUUCAUUAUGUAAUUUCUAUUUUUUGCCAUAACAUUGUCAAGAAUUAGUUAUUGAAAUGAAGUUACAGUAAUCAAAAAUCGGUUCUUCAACGAAAGAACCAAUUUUUUUAAAAUUGUUAAAUAUUUUUGCGUCAAAAGCUUAUUUAUGAAAUAUACGCGAUAUUUUCUUUUCAUUUCUCGUCUUCGUUUAAUAACUACGAGCGAGUUUUAACUAACAGUAACACUAUCAGAUAACUAAUAAUUCUAGGAUAACUCCUUGUUUACGUUAUAGUUUUUAUACUAUGAUAUCAUUAACAUCAUCUUUUAGUAAUAUUCAAUAUUGUAUUUUAUACUUUAAAGAAAAAAGUUUGAUUAUUAAAAAACAAAAUAUAACGAUGUUUACCAGUAAUUGUUCACGGUGCCUCUGGUUUCGUACGGGUCUGACUAUAAGUAUCAUCUUCUACUUAAAGGCAUGAUUUCUUUACAACUUGAUAGAACUUUACUGUACAAAGCAUAAUAAAUAAUAACAUUUAUCAUUUA